CCAUAUACGACUGCUUGACAUCAUGUUGAUUAUUAGACGAGUAAGUGGACUCAACGCGAAAUGAACAGUCGACGUUGUUUGCGAGUAUGGUGCUGGAAUUUACACGGAAACCUGAAGAAAAAUCGGAAUAUGUGAUCAUAUUACAAUUGUGGUAAACGAGGAGCCCCUUUACUGAGAUGGCCAAUCUGUUUGAAAAGCUAAAUUUUGCUGUUGCGCGGGAGAAAGUCGAGUUUAAAGAGGGGGAAAACUCGCACUGUGAAUCUGAUGUGGAGAUGAAGCCUGCAGAACGCGCACAGGAUCAAAGCAGCCACUUACACGUGGUGGUUGGAGAAGGCACGCCGACGCAGGUUCCUAGGUGUUUCGAAGUAGAAAGUGAGCUCGGUUUGUCAGAGCUCCCCCCUCGUGAGACAGACAGAGAUAGUGCUUUGGGUCUUUCACAGCCCGACAAGCAAAAUGGCUGCCCAACAAGACUGGAUGAUGAAACCAUCCUACAGCAACAGCCUAGUGCGAAAAAACUUGAAGAAAUUCCGCCGUCUCUAUCUUCAACAGUUUCCAAAGAAUCGCCUGUUAUGCCAGUUUCAACUACAGCUGCAAACAUCCAACCAAAUGAGAAACUGGAGGCCGAGUCCAACAUUCUUGGAAACAAAAAUGACAACGAUACCUGUACUCCAUUGGAACAAAUUGUUUCCAAACCUUCUUCAAGAUUAUCGCAAGAAGAGGGUGUAAAUCAACCACGGUUGCUGUCACCUGAAGUGAUAAGCAGUUCAUCCGAUUUUGAGGAUAGAUUGUCUGGAAGUAAAAUGCAAAGUAGCAGUUUUCCAAAAGAUGCCAAGACAAUGGUGCAUGUUGCAGAUGGCACUGAGGCAAAUACUCCUUCAGAGCAUUCGGCUUUACAGCCGGCAGCAGCAAAUGAAACGUUGAAAAAGCAGGUCAAGCACAAGACUGAACAACAUCGACCGAAAGAAGCGGAGCCUUGUACCAAAAGAGCAAAGAAAGCCAAAAAGCACAUCCAAAGGAGUGACAACAGACACCCGAGUCAAAAACAGAGACGGCAAAGGGAAGGCGCAUGGAGAGAUGGGAGCCAAGAUCACCAAGGCAGCCAGACGAGAGAGAAACUCAGGAUCUGCAGAUGCCAAGGCAGCCUACUUGCCACUCAGCAAACCGUUUGUUAUUCCACGGAAGAAAGCAAAACAGGGUCUCUUCCAAGAGGUCUCACUUCAGUCCCGGGAGUUCCUCAAAGAUAUCUUGCCUAUCAUCACCAAGCAGUAUCGCAGCAAGGAUGCAGAGAAUCGUUUCACCUUCACCAAGGCGCAGCUGAUUCACAACGAGGAGCUAACCAGGACGUUUCACGAACGGCGUAAAGAGAUGAAAGACGAAGGAAGAACCGAGAAAGAAUUGAUGGAAUCUUACGCUUUCAUAGCAACGGACAACAAUAAAGCAGCUGAGAAGAUGUGUCAAGAUGGCGUGUCUGCCACGGGUGGCCAUGUUGCGCCACUUGGAAAUCCCAAAAUGGGUGUGUAUCUCUCCCGGUACGCGGACAUCAUUAAAAGGGAGGGGCUCGAGUCUGGUCACCAGGGAAUUCUGAUCAUUUUGAAAAUUCUGAAGGGAAGAGUCAAAGCUAUGCCGCUCAACUACACCAGUGUCCUGGAGCCUAUCCCCAACUACGACAGUCACGUGGCCAAAUCCAGCGCCCUGGACAUGACCAAGCUCUCCUCAUUGCAGACACCUAUGGCAUUUGAUGCUACUCAGAUCUACUUGUAUGAGUUCGGGGAAUUGGACAUGGUCAAGCGGCCCCGACAGGUUUGUCCGUACGCUGUGGUGAGUUACACCUACCAAGAGCCUGUCAAGGCCAGUCCAGCAACCGUCCCAUUGUCACAGCCAUUGCUACAGCAGGAAACACGGGAUUCAGUGGUCCAGGGUACCUCCUCCGCUAACCAUCAUCAUGCCCAAAGCAUGCCCCCCCUUGCACCUCUUGCCAGCACCCCUGCCAAGCCUGACAUACCGCGACUGGAUCCCACCAAGAAAGUUACCACUGACAAACCCACGACAACACCUUCACUUUCUCAAAUUGAGAACCUGAGAAAGAAUCACUUCUUGGUGUGGAAAGGGAUGCUCUGUGCCAAGUCCGAGCCUCUCUGCUCGGCCUGUAUGAUUUCCUUCACCUCUCCUGUUCUUCCCCAGAUCCUCCCAGCAGUGAUAAACUUUAAGACCAAGAUUUCAUUUGCCAAGAUGCACGCCUAUUUCCCAUCUGGUAUUUUUGCCAGUGGGAUACCGCUCACCUCCAACAUCCGAGAAGUGUGCCGCAGGAACAAAUACGUGGUUUACUGUGAGUUACAACACAACCAGGAAUCCACCCAGAGAUACCAACAGCUGUUGCAGUUCAUGCUGCUCAAUCAAGCAGUUCUGAAGUGCCGACUUGAGGGCAAUGUGACAAUGUUUGUCUUCCCGACGUCCACUCUGUCCCAUGACCUUGGUGUGACCCGGGGGGACUACCCAGAGACGCUGCAUGUGCUCUUCACGGCCCGGAGCCCCAUGAUAGGCCACAUCGCAGAGAAAGGCAUUUACAUUCCUUCAGGCACCAAAGUUCAAACUCCUAUUGCUGACAACCAGCUCUUGGAGGGAAGCGACAACAAGCAGCUGAUGCUGCGCAUCGGCCUGCUCUCCAUGUUCACCAGACAGAGCCACGACCUCAAACACCAGACGGACAUCCGCAGCCCUGAGGCCAGCAGCAUCCACUCACCGGCUCAGGGCGGGUCAGACGCCCUGACGCCCCUGUCAGUGGACCGCACAAGCACUGUUGCGGUGAAGAGCAAGGUUAUCGACUACCAACACGGUCUGCUCUCAAAGAAGGACCUGCUUUCGACUUACAGGUCGCAGAAGAUGCAGGUGACGGACAACCAGGGGAGCAACCAUCCAUUCCAGCCAGGAUUUGUCAACAGGAGCCCCUUACCCUCAGAGGUCCCCAAUGUCCAUCCCAUGUACAGCAGUCCUGCUUCAACUUUGAACAUCCAAGCAGACCCUGUCCCCGAAGGGUCCCUGCACCCAAUGUACAAUAUCUCGGAGACCUUAGCAGCACCUGCAUCUAGCGACGGGGUAUCCAAGAAGCAGCCCCAUCCUGUCUACAACCCACAGGGCCAUCCCCAGUCCCCCAGCAUCAUGGAAGCUGUUCACGAGGAGAACGUCCACCCUAUGUACAGCCAGCACUUGGAGCCUAGCAGAGGUGACCAGAAGAGCUCCAGCACAGAUCUGCUUGCUAGAGACACUUGGCUUGGACCUACCAGUAGCGGAAGUCCAGGCACUGCUGCAGUAGGGGUCCAGCGGGAACCACCCCAAGUGUCCCGCCAGUCCAGCAAGCUGCCGCUGGGCAGCAUCCUGGACCAGCAGGCAGAGAUCACCAGACUCCAGGAGGAGAUGAGGAUCCUGAGGCGACACAAGGAGAUCUCAGCUGGGGGCCCAGCCCUGGAAGAGUGCUACAAUGCCAAGCUGACGAAGCUGCAGGACUUCCUGCAGGCUCUGCGCCAGGAAAGAAGCCGUCUAAACCAAGAAGAGGAUGGAAGGGUCCAGAUGGAGGGGCUGGAGGAUACUAGAAGGGAGCAGCAUUCAGGGGAUCGCCCUGUGGGAGAAGAUGAAGUGACAGAAAAGCUGGAUGUAUUCUCCUCUCCUGAGGUGAAAGCUGUCGAGUCAUGCGCCCCUCAGAGUUCACCUCUACUAACUGACACGUCCAAGGACUUACCGGGAUCAUCAGUGAGCCCAGCCCUUUCCACCAAAGUCAUGGAGGUUGUUCAACAGAUUGCCAAGCUCCCUGUUAAGCCCACACAGAACAAUCCUGAGGUGUCAGUACAGACUCUGAAGGCUGUCAUCGAGAAGGUCUUGAUCAGCCCCUCCACAGAGAAUACUACCGGAGAAGGAAUUGCUAAAUCCGGGCCCACUUUUCCAGUUUCCAUCCCUUUGAGUAUGCUGUCCUCGGGCAAGCCCUCUGAUGAUGCACCAGGGUUAGUUGGACAUCAAAGUGCCUUGAAGCCCGGACAAGGCGAGGCUGAUGAAAGUGGGGAAGUGUCACAGAACGAUGAAUCAGGAGGAGGAAGUAGACUAUCUGAAAAAGGUCAAGUGAAACCACCUUCUAAUCCAUUUGGUGACGCACUUGCAUCCAUGGACCAUUACAGCCUGAGUGGGAGAGCCUCCAAAAAGCUCAAAAGAUCUCACAGCAAAGAGUUUGGAGAAAAGAGUGAGCAAGACAGCAAACUGGGAACAGAAGAAAAGCCCAUCACGGAGGAGAGGUGCAACAAAGAGAGCCUGUCACUGGAUUUGAAUCUAGCCAGGAAGGUCAUACCCAACUUUGAUCCCCAGGCAGACGGCCUAAGCUCGCCCAUUCGAGGAGCCUCAGAGAUGAAGGCCUUCCUGAACGGUGGGGUGGUCCACACCAAGGACCGCAUUACCAGCGCCACGGACAUGAAGAGCUACCUGAAUAAGAAGCUGCUGGACAGCGAGCACGAGAAGACUGACCGCACCAGGAAAGGCGGAGGUGGUUCGGCAUCUCUGAAACGGGGGAAACUGAGCAAGGAGAGAACCAUCGAAGAGAUAGAUAACGAGAUCAGGAGACUGAACAAGGAGAAAGAGCGACUUAAAUCACAGUUUGCCAGGAAGAGGAACUCCAGUGGUGGAAGUAUUUCUGACAAACCGAAGAAACUCCCAUUCAUCAAUUCUGUGGACCUCAAGGGUCUUGGCCGCAUACCAAAGAAGAAAAUGCCAUCUCCAGAGAGAGUAGAAGGUGCCUCAGCCUUUUCCAACCAGACUAAGUUGUCUGCAGAAAGGACUGUGGACAACCAAGGAGGUCUCAGUAUCGGCUCAGCUAAAGGUAGUUCUCAGGACAGCCUUGAAGGGACAGUCAGCCUGUCGACUGGCAUUGCCGGGUUGACGGAGGGCGUAACUGGCAUUCCUGAUUGUCCGAGUGACAAGUCGUCUUACCAAGUUUGCUCCAAAGAGAUGCAGCUCUCAGGGGGGAAGGAGAAAGGAUUGUUUGCGACGGGGCAGGAUGGCAGCGGGAGGACUCUGUACAUGGUGGUGCUCACCCGGAAAUUCCUAGAGGGUGGGCUGAAGGAAGAAGAAUGGUCUGGUACCAGCCUUCAGCACUGCAUCAGUGAUACACUACACAGAGGAGCCAGAUUUGACAACACCAAGGAGACUGAGGAGGAGAGAUUCUUCAGUCAGAAUGCUGCGGCAGCCAUAAGGAAGGUCUUUGCCAAACAGACAGCAGAAGAUCAAACUAUCAGGCAGGUGACUGAAGAUUACCAACAGACUGUUACAUUUAACUCGGAUGGAGAGUCCAAAUCCAGCCAAAAGCCAGAAGGCUUCUCGGAUGCCAAAGAAGACUCUAGCCCAACUUUGGGCCAAAACGUUGUUGAUCCAAACACGGAGACAAGUAACACAGAAGAUAAGGAGCUUGUUGCCCCCGAAGAGACUGUCAUUGUUGUUUCAAAUGGAGAAAACUCGAGGGAUGAGCCAGCCAGUCCCAUCAAAGAGCCCAGCGUUGUUAGCCACAAGACGGAGGACUCACAGGAAGGCCAAAAAGCCCUCUCAGGAAGUCCUUCAACUGACUUGACAGAACCCGUCAGAACCACUGAUCUGGACAGCAACGUGAAGCUUGAGGAUACCAAAGAACAGAACAGUACAGGCAAGCCAGGCAUCAGGGACGGUCUUGUGAUCAAUGAUGGGGCAUGCUUCUUCGGUGAUCUGGAAAGUGAGGAAGGAGUUUGCGUCAACUUUGACCUCGAGGAAGAUAGUGUAACAGAUCAAAAGAGUCCUUCAGAACCCACUCCAGAUUUACAACCACCAGUAAGUGAAGGCCCUACCUCCUUUGCACAGAAAGAAAGUAAGGAUGGAAAUCUACAGUCUGCUUCCACUGUGGAAGAAAAUGCUGAGUCCUUGAACAAAUUGUCAUAUGAGGAGGAAGUUCAGUUAGCAAGCCUGACAUCUACUGACAGGGCAAAGUCCAAAGCUGACCCACCAUCAGAGUCAAAAACAUUGCCUCAAGUUGAUCCCGUGAGAGAUGGUACAAUUGGAACACUAGGAAUUGAGUCAGUAAACCCUGGCAGAAGUGCUGCCAAAGAUGCAGUCCCUUCUGGAGAUUCUGGCUUGGAGUCCGAGGUUAUCACACAUGAUACUAAAUCAGUUUUGAUUGACAAGGACUCAGCAGUGACGGAAACACCAGUUGUGGAAGUGUCAAAAUGUGACAGCACCACAGAUGAGCCAACUCUGGGUACCUCCCUGAAAGCAGAGAGCAGCUUGAAGGAGUCCCGAGCUUCCCACCGCCAUCACCCCUACGAGAGAAAGAGGUGGGAUGAGGAAGAGGAGGAGGAAGCCUCGGGGCAGAAGUACAGCAAGCACCUGGCAGUCCCGGAGCUGGAGAAGCUCAUGCAGAACUACACCAUCGCCGCCUACAAGGAUCGGCCACGCAGUCGGCGGGCAUCCGGCCCCCAGCCCGACUAUGACCACCCGCGGCACUCACCGGCCCGCUUCAGGGAUGUGGCGCGGGAGUUCAGCCGCGGCAAAGCAGAGAACAGCAAGGAGGACCGGCAGGAUGUGAAGACCAUGGUCGCCAAGCAGCAGAAGAAGAAGACACAACUCCAGGAGCUUGAGAGAAAGUUGACCAAGGGGCCUCCUGGAGAGAUGUCAGAAACGGCCUAUGAGAUUGAAAUGCGUUGCUAUGAGGAUCAGGUGAAGUCCGGCCAUCAAGAGGGGUCCCAGCAAGACCAAGCCCCCACCUCCAACAGGCAAGCGCCGCCCAGUUGUACGCAUCGACCCCCAGCCCGAGGAGAAGCAUCCCAACCAUCGUCCGUAGCAGCAUCACCAACAUGCCAAACAGAAACCAGCAGCAUUGGAGCAGCAUCAACUACAGGCAGCCGAGUCAGUUUACCAACCAGCUGCAGCGACAACAACACCUUCAGCGGCAGCAGCAACAACAGCAGCAAGUGCUUCAGCAUUGCCAGCAGGUGCUCAUUCGACAACAGCAGCAGUUUUGGCAACAACGACAGAUUCUCCUACAACAGCAACGGCAGCAGCAGCGACAACAGUACUUGCAGCAGCAACACCAAUAUCAACUCCAGCGUCAGUUCCAGCAGCAAGCUGGCAGGAGCUGGAGGUGGUAGUUCCAACAACCAACUAACAGAAAAGGGGGGUAUCAAGCCACAGCUCAUCACAUCUACGGCCAAUCAAGAUAUUUCAUUACAGUCACUAAAACCAGAGCAGGUCAAGAUGGCCCACGAAAAUAGAACAAGAUCACCUUCUAACCUGUUGCAAGUCGUCAACCAACAGUUGAAUCCAGUCAAGACCCAUCCAGUCACCUCUAAGAAAGAGUCCUGUUUGUUGUCGUGUUCCAUCAAUGCUGCUCGGGAUCCAAGAAUCAGAAGGCUUCACAACCAACCAACACCGCCAUCCUCAUCACAAGCAGGCCCUCAAAAGACAUCUCUGCAGACUGCAGUGAGCUCGUCUCCUGCUGAAAGCACACCGUUAGCCCAGAAGGAAGCUCUAGAGACUGCUCCUUGUGCAACGCAGAACAGCUCAAGUGCACCAGUCACGUCAAGAAAGCCUCCAAGUCUGAGCAACCGACCAGCCAAGUCCAUCCUUAAAGGAGGCCAAAAUCCAACAUCAUUUGUCACAGUUGAUUCAGAGAAUAGGCCAAGCAGCCCUCCAUGUGAGCAGACCUUGAGUGGCUCCUCAGAUGCAUCAAGGAAGGUGAAAAUCAGUCUGUCACAGUAUAAAGGGAAAGCUGAUCCCAGGUCAAAGGUGCCCCCUGACAAAGUUGAAAUAGGCAGAGAGGAAGGCCAGCCCAAAAGUUCAUGUACAGGGAUGUGCAAAGUGGAACCCAGUGCAGAUAUUAAACAAAUUGUGUUUCUGCCCCCACAUCAAAAUAUCAAAAUUACCCUCAGUGGAGACUCAGUAAGAAGUAUUUUGCUUCCGGAAAAGCAAAACCGUAAGGAUAAGCCAGACAGUGAAGAUUUGGAUGCUGUUGGAAUGAACAUGAAUGGUGCAGAUGAGCAAGAACCUGGGAGAACUUCAACUGAUCAUGCUUUACCUUCAGGGAAGCCAGCCUUAAAACUGCAAAAUGGCAAUAAAAAGGAUUUGAGGAUGGUUGUUGACCAGAGCUCCCCUCAAUCCAGUGCUCCUUCAUCUGAGGCAAAUAAUCUCCUAGCUACUCAGCCGAACCUAGUUAUCACCAUUCCAAGAGACGGCUCAGGGGAAUCAACACCCAGUGACAUGACAGAAACUGGAGUUGUACCAAAUGACAGACAGCUCACAGAUGAUACAGCCACUACCACAGUAACAACAUUUCCCGAGAGCAGAGAGGUGAGCCUGGAAACCUCUAUAACCCUUACACAACUUGAGCUUGAGGAUUCCAUUUUCAACCUCACAGCAGAUGCCGUGGGGAACACCACAGCAGAGGAGACUCACAAAAGGGAACAUCUUAACAAGCUGUCUCCCAAUUCCAUCAGUCGGCGACUCCAAAGCAUCAAGUAUGAACUUGAAGCAUUCUGGUCAGAAUUGCGCAAGUUGGACAUGCCAGAUGAGCUACAAGUGGAUGAGGCACUUCCCACUGACCCACGCAGAUGUAAUUUGCACAACAGUAGAAAAUUAACGCAGAAUGGAGAGUUUGGUGAAAAUGAUCUUACUGCUUGGGCGGCUAAUGAUAUUCUGGCAGACAUUACGUCAGAGCUCUCUGCCUGCUUAAACUCAACUAGGGUACUAAAGGAGGAGCAGAGCCAAGUAUCAGAGUGUUUGUCAAAGCACCUUCCAAAAUUUUCAAAGCUAAGAGGAAUGGCAAUGAGCCCAAGGAUGAACGGCAGUUCACCACAGGAGUCAUCCAACAAGCUGAGCUCCAUAAAUGAAUUCAUAUCAGGGCUUCGUGAAGAAUUUUGCCGAAGAGUAGAGGAUAUCUGUUUCAGUGCAGCUGACUAUUCAAGUCCAGAGAAGGUGGUUGAAGUCAGAGCAGAGUCUGAAAGUUCUGUCCAUUCCUUGGACAAAGAUCUCGUGAAGAAAAUCCAGCAAAUGCUAACAGCUGCUCGUGCCCAGGCUUCUUUGGUGCAGGAGAACUCUAAAGAACCUGAAGGAACAGUUAAAAUUGAAAAGGCGAGUGAAAACACAGCUACUCUGGAAUUGAAAACAAACUACAGCCUGAACACUAACUUAUCUCUCCUUUCAUCCAAGGAGAAAGUAACCAAAGAAGUCGAGAUGGCAGAAGUUGGGGUGGAGAGUUCAUCUUCACCUUUGAAGGAGAAACCUGAAAAAUCCAUGGAGACAGAAAAAGGGAAAGAGGUCCAGGUGAAAGGAAAAUCAAGGUCUUCAGUACCCGAGAGGAAAAGUGCCAGUUCCUCCCCACAGGCAUCCCCUGACAGCUGUAAAUGGGGAAAAUUCAAAAUGAAGCUGUGGGGUAAGCGGCCCACCAAGCAGCGUAAGAUCAUGAAGGCCACUUGGAUAAAAGUAGAAAAGCCAAAGCCAUCAUCAGAAGUGUCCACCGAACUCUCAACAAAAGCAGAGUGUGACACCACCUCAGAUGACACUAAAGACCCAGUGGUGAAGGAAGAUGACAGAGAUGGUGACACAGAGGAAUGCAAGGAGCGCAAACUCAGUGUCUCCGAGGAGCAGGCAGUGGAAGAAAUGUGUGCCAAGCUGUUAGGUGAUGAGAAGGCUUUGUCUGAAGAGAAGCUCGCCGUCACAGGAACAAUUCCUACUCUUCUGAAUCGCACCACAAGUCAUGCUUCAUCAGUUGCCAAGCGUUCCUCUAGUGGACCCGCAAGCUUGAAGACUGCUGCUGGGUUUAGUCGGCCACAGGGCCAGGUAAAACAAGGAGUGGUUCUCCAGCCUGGUCAGUAUCAGCCUCCAUAUAACCCACAAGGGCAUGUGAACCCAGUGAAAGCUCAGUCGCAGCAAUCUCAGGCAGUUCAUGCUACUGGGCAGUACAGCUUGAACGGUGCAUCAUGUCAGGGAUACUUUCAGCAGCAUCCAAGCCACCCCAACUUGCAGCUACCAGGCUACGUGCAACAACAGGUUCCAUCGAACUUUCUAUCAAGUUGCCAGCAGAACCCUAAUUCCAUUCAGCAACAGUAUGCCAAUUAUGGAUAUGGCAGUGGUUCAGCACAAGGGAUGACAAGCGUGAGACCUCCCAUUGUCAGCUCAGAGAUGAGACAUUGGCAUAGCGGUGUUGGACCCUUGCAGACCAAUACAGGUGUUGGACCUGCCAAUAUGGGACCACGACCUACUAGCAUGGGACCAGAACAUAGCAAUAUGGGACUUGGUCCUAACAACUUGGCACCUGGCCCUAAGAACACGGGACUAGGCCCUAACAAUAUGGGACCGGGCCCUAACAGUAUGGGACCUGGCCCUAACAACAUGGGACUUUGUGUUAAUAACAUUGGUACUGGACCUGCCAGCAUUGGACAAAGACCUACCAAUAUGACUCCUGGACCCAAUAACAUGGGAUCUGGCCCUAAUAACAUAGGUCCUGGAUCAAAUAACAUGGGGCAGGGAAUUACCAACAGCAUAGGACAAGGGUCUACCAAUGUGGGACCAGGACCUGGCAGUAUCAUCCCAGGACCACGUAACAUGGGGAGUGGCCCUAUCAACAGGAUGCCAGGACCUACCAACACUGUACCAGGACCUAGCAGUAUCGUCCCAGGACCUAGUAACAUGGGGAGCAGCCCUAUCAAUAGGAUGCCAGGACCUACUAACAUGGGACCUGGACAUCACUUCUUUGGACCUGGGGCUUACAAUUCAGGGCCUAAUAAUUUUGGAUAUGGCUCAAACUAUAUGAGCCCUGGACCUAACAGCAUGGGACCAGGAGCAAACAACAUCGGUGCUGGACCAAACAGUGUGGGCCCCAGCCCAAGCAGAGGACCUGGACCAAACAACCUGGCUCCUGGAACCUACAACAUUGGACCAGGAGCUUACAACAUGGAUUCUGUUCCUUGUAAUGCAGGACCAAGGCUUAAUCAGCCAGUGAGACAGCAGCCACCAGUACCUGGGUUAGACUGUGAAGGUGUAAAUACAGGGUUAGCAGUAUGUGAGGACUUGGUGGACAACACAUAUCAUGGUAAGAGCUCAGAAGCUCAUGUUGGACAAUGUGAUUCAGAACUAACCGAUCAUUCAGAAUCCAGAGAUACUUUGGUGGUAGUAAAACAGGUUAGCUUUCAGGAACCUGAAGAAAAUGCCCAUGUACCUGUUUCAGAGGCUUUGGUUCCAGUUCCUUCUCCCUUUUUAAGACCAAGAGUGUUAGAAGCAACUGACAAAUGCUGUGCAAGAAGUCUUGAAACUUCAGUUGAACCAGUUGAAGGCAAGGUGGUUGGGAGUAAAACUAGUCCAGAAGGUAGCAUGGAAAUCUGCAUCUUUGAAGCUGCUGUUCCGCAGUUCUCUGAAACUUGCAUUAUAGAAGAUGCUAAGGUUAGUGCUUCUCUAAAACUUACCAAGAUGUUAGAUGUCAAAGAGGUCUCCCCAAAAGUUGCUGAGGAGGACAAAGGUGGACAGCUCAAUUCAUAUAUUGUUUCUCGCCUGGAACAACAGGAUGUUAGAGCUCCUUCUGAAAUGUCUGGGACGAUGAUUGAUAAUCUUGAUGAAAGCAGUACCCUUUUAGACUCUCGAAGAAAAAGCAGCAGUACUGAGAAGCAGACUGAAAGUGAUAAAUCACCCAGGGAAUCUGAGAGUUUUUUCCUUGCUUUGUUGGAAGUGGUGCAGUGGAGAGUUUUCUUGACAUCAAGAAACAAAACCAGACAGCAAAUGUAGAUGACUCCUCUGUGUCUGUCCAAGCUAAGGGUUUAUUAGUUAUUGGCAAAGCUGGGGAAGAAGCCUCUGGGAAAACAAACCCUCUGAAUUUCAAAGAAGGCAGUUAUCAGGUGUCAGAGCCAAGGGAUAAUGACCAGAAGAAGAUCCAUAUUAAUAAGUUAGACUCUCGUAAAGAUGGUUUGGCAGUUUGCCCCCAGUCUACCACUGAAAGCUGUGAAAGCUGUCCUGAAAUCAGAGGGAAGGAUUCUGAUGAAUCCAGUGAGUUACUGAGCUAUCUACCUCAGGGUGUUGAGAGGGGUAUCAUGAACACCUUCCUUGAUGAUACAGAGAGCUGGAAGAAGCAGAAAGGGGCACUUAUUCAUUGCAAAGUAUUUUCCAAGGUGGAAACCUCCACUGUAACUAAAUGCCAGAAGUCAAAACCAAGAAUAGUUGAGCUGUCCACUGACACAGAUUCAGAUACAUGUAAUGCUCAAAGUCAGAUGGUUAUAAAGUCACCUGUAAAGAUGAGAUUGGCACUCCAGAACACCAGAGUCAACACAGAAAGGCUUCACUUCUCUGGAAAAUCUGAUGGCAAGUCCGACUUCCCUGAAGGCAGUACACUGCUUUGUCCACGUUCCAGACUAGCAGCAACGAAUAUGUUGAGCCCAGUUCCUACGUCUUCAGUGUCAAGUGGAAUAUCAAAGCAGGCAUCGCUUCCAUCUCAGCCAGCGAAAGGGGAAGAUCACAGUACCUGUGUGCAUGACAGAGAGAGAAUUGAGACUGGCCCAAGCAGUGUUCCAGUAUCUCCAACCUACCCCAAGUCCAAAACUACUGCUAGUCAUCCCAGCACCAUCUAUAACACCACACGGCCAGGCAAGCAGGUGGUAACAUUUGUGUCAACGGAAGAUCUACUUUCUCCAAUAAGGCCACCAAUUUGCGUAAAGUUAAGUGCAAGGUCACCAAACAGUCAAACUGUAGUGCACACAUCUGGACCUGUCAACUUGGAUCCAGUUAAUCAAGAUGCAGAGGGUACAAUAUUGUGUCAUACUGGGUGUUCUUUUGGUAAAUCAGCUCAGUCUCAUGAGGCUUCUACACUUGGAUCACCUAACUCUAGAUUGAUUCCAGGAACCCAUCCCAUCCGGACUGUCACAAGACCUAUGGAGGGCUGGACAGCUAGUCAUGAAUGCCGUUUCCACCCUCUGCAUCUCGAGUCGUUCAGAUUGUUUACCUAAGCCCCAAAGAUGAGCCAUCUUAUAGUUCCAAGAGGGUCAGUGUGACAGUCAAAGGAAGUCCAAUCACAAGCUUUUCUCCAGGCAAAGGAAAACUGAAGCUCAACAUGCCCAAGAGGAAACCACUGGCUUGGUCUGAUGGUAGUCCUUAUGGGUGUAAAGUAAUUCCUGGAGACCUGCUUGAUGGGUGCAGUUUGCCUGAAAAGUCUGAGAGCAUCACUCCUCCAGGAGACACUGGAGAUGCCAAGAACUCAAUGCUGCCCUCACCAGUAAGCAGUAGGACCUUGAACCCAAUGAACCAGUCUCUUUCAUGAGAUGAUGAAGGUGCUGAAAAGACAGUAAGGUAUCCAGAAGCAAAGUCUAUGU